AUGCCGGGCAUCCUCGACACACCCACGGCCACCAGCGCCGCUCCAGCCUGGCCUGGCCGAGGUUUUUCCGUCGCCUAUCAGAAGCUCGACUUGGAGGUUGAUUUCGCCAAUAAGAGCCUGAGGGGGAAGACAGAGAUCACGAUUCACCCGCACUACAAGGAUCUAAGGGUUAUCAAGCUCAAUUUUCGCCAGGGCGAAAUCAAACGGUUAAACAUCAACGGCAAGGCUGCAGCGUCGCUUAAAUAUACCGACUCACACGCUGCGCUCAACCUCUAUGGCGCUCAAUAUCACCAACGGGUGGCCGCGAACGUCGAGAAUCUACUCAAACCGCAGAUAGAACCCGAGUUGGUCAUCACCCUUCCGAAAUCCUUACGAAUUGAGGACCUCGACCCCUUGUCUUCAGAAAGUCAGGACCAAUUUGCGCUGCGGUCAUCGAUCGGAAAUCCAGAGGACGCGGAAGCUCAAGCUUCGAAAGCCGCCGAAAAUUCUCUUCCUCGCUACACUGCAUUAACCGUUUACAUCGAGUUUACCGUCGAUGCCAUUCGAGAAGGACUCCAGUUUGUCGGGGUGGACAGCGGAGAUAGACGGUACCCUCAUGCCUACACCACAAACUCUACCGGCAUCGGUGCCGGUAGCUGUCUUUUCCCGUGUGUCGAUGACCGUUUAGCGAGAUCCCUAUGGGAUGUGACUAUCAAAUGCCCGUGCUCUCUUAAUGCGUUAUUUGAACGAAAAGGCUUGGAAACGUCUAGGAACUCUGCGGCCAAUAAGGACAAAUCUAAAACUUUGUCCGAUGACGAUGACACACUUGACAUGACCGUGGUUUGCUCGGGUGAUAUAACCGACGAGAUUGUUGAUCCUAAGGACCCAAGUAAAAAAAGCGUUUCCUUUUCGUGCAUGUCGAGCGUCUCUGCUCAGCAAAUUGGUUUCGCGGUUGGACCUUUCGAACAUGUGAAUCUCUCCCAGUUUCGAGAAAGCGACCAGGACGAUCAGCUGGGAGACAAUGCUGUCUCUGUCGACGCGUAUUGCCUUCCCGGGAGAGCUGAAGAGGUGAAAAACACCUGUUUUCCGAUGGCUAAAGCCAUCGACUACUUUUCAGUUACCUACGGUUCCUACCCUUACUCAGGGUACAACAUGUGCUUUGUGGACGAUGUUGCCUGCGACACAAUGCCUACAGCUUCGCUAUCUAUUUGCAGUAAUCGUCUACUUUUCCCCGAGACGAUCAUUGAUACGAUGUAUGACUCAACAAGGUCGCUGGUUUACGCGCUAGCUUCUCAGUGGAGUGGCGUGAGUCUCUUACCUAGAGACAUAGGGGAUACUUGGCUCACUGUGGGAGUGGCCUACUAUAUCACCGACACAUUCAUGAAGAAACUUUGCGGGAACAAUGAAUACCGCUUCCGUAUAAAACAAAUGUCUGACCGGAUCUGCGACCUUGAUUAUGAGAGGCCCUCUAUUUUUGACAUGGGAAGUUACUUGAGACUCGAUCCAUCGGAGAUGGAGUUUAUUGCUCUCAAAGCCCCUCUCGUUCUUUUCAUCCUGGAACGCCGUCUUUCCAAAGCUAGUGGUAAACCUACUGUUUCACGGAUUAUUAGCCGCCUGUUUCUCAACAAUCGUAUGGGUGACCUGCCCAAUGGUGCGAUGCAUACAAAUGGUUUUAUCAGGAUUUGCGAGAAGUUCGGUCAUUGCAAGUUAGACGUCUUUUUCCACCAAUGGGUUUAUGGUGCCGGAUGCCCUCGGUUCUCGGCCACUCAGCGUUUUAACAAGAAAAAACUUGUCGUGGAAAUCAUGAUAAAGCAGCUUCAAGCAGAAUCGCAAGGCACUCGAGAUCUUGAGAAGUCCACUUUUUUGCGAGACAUGAAAGAAGAGCUUCGCAGCGUCUAUGCAGCCCCAGUUCAGCCCGUUUUUACAGGAUCAAUGACGAUACGAAUUCAUGAAGCUGACGGAACGCCGUACGAGCAUAUUGUUGAAAUAAAAGAGCAGACCACCAAGUUCGAGGUCCCAUACAAUACCAAGUACAAGCGGCUAAAACGGAAUAAGAGGCAAAAGGAACGUGCUACCCAAAACGUGGGAUCCGAUCCGAAUGCAGAGGCACAAGAUGAUGUGCUCCUAUACUGUCUCGGCGACGUGCUCCAGACAGAAGAAGAGAUCCAAGACUGGAAAUUGGCGGACUGGAGUAAAGAAGAAGAGGAUCGCAUGGGGCAAGAGUCCUAUGAAUGGAUUCGAAUGGAUGCCGAUUUCGAGUGGAUUUGCAAAAUGUCAUUAGGGAUGCCUGGUUACAUGUACCUGUCGCAGCUGCAGCAAGAUCGGGAUGUUGUGGCUCAACUUGAAUCCAUGCAAUAUAUGGCUAUUCAAAAGCACCAUCCCUUAGUCUCGACAAUCUUUGUCCGCACCCUUAUGGACAAGCGAUAUUUUCACGGUAUCCGCACCACAGCUGCAUAUGCACUAGUGAAGCAUGCGAAAGAAGAGAUUGACUGGCUGGGCCUCCACCAUUUGGAGAGGGCCUUCCAGGAGCUUUUUUGCUUACCGGGUUCACAUGUUACACGCGAUAACGAUUUCUCGGAUCAAGCAUCAUAUCUUCUCCAAAAAAUCAUCCCGGAGGCGAUUUCUCAGGUUCGCGAUAACAAUGGGAAGACUCCACUGAGGGCCAAGCGUUUCAUUUUUGACAAGCUCAAGUUCAGUGACAACUCUAACAAUGAGUACUCGGACAAUCAUUACAUUAGCUCUCUGAUGACGUCGCUAGUCAACGCUUUGGAGGGUCGUGUGGUAGAAGCCUCGUCUCUAAAUGAUAUGGAAUUCGACAUGGAGAAGGAGUUGGAACGACAGGCUGAGGAAAAGCUCGAAAAGGAUGCCAUUGCAGAAAUCGACAGAUAUCGGCGAAUGGAUGAAUGGUCCAGUUCUUUUCAAAACAUCUAUUCUAGAACUGCACUGAAAUGCCAGCUACGGCUCACAAAGGCGAAAAUCAUGGAUCUUGAUGCCAUCCACUUCCUUCAAUAUACAAGGUUUGGGACCUUUGAUAUGCUACGGAUGGAUGCAUUCGAGUGUCUAGUUGAGUUGGACAUAUUCAGCAUGCCAGAGCUAUUGCGAUGGUACCUCUUCACCAUGUCAUCUGAUACAUCUGCGUGGAUUCGCCAUCGACUUCAUGCUCCCCUAGGUAGAGCUCUUGCCUCUAUAGCCUUUGGGACAAAUCAAGUGCCUGAAGAGCAGCCACCAAGUGAGGGGUUGAUUAUCGAGCAAGAGUCAACUACUGAAGUCCGCCGCGCCGAUCUGGCCAGGAAACAGACAAUGCCUGGUGCCCUGGAGGCACUUAAAAAGGAGUUAUCUGGACAUACGGCUUUGAAAGAAGCCCUGUGGGCUGCAUGUAACUCUUCAUGCAUUGGAGCAUUGGAAGUAUCCAAUUUCGUCGAUAUUUGCCGAGUCUUGUAUGAUGCCAAGAUGUCUCUUCCGGUGAAACUGAAAUACCCUCGAUACUGGAAAUGCCAGCACGUUGGCAAUGGUAAAAUGCGCUUUUACAAAUCCGAACGAUAUCGUACAUCUCUCGGACCGUCAAAGGAUACUAGCGCUACUAGCAUUGGAUCAAAGCGCAAACGUGACGACCAUGGCAUGCCACCACCUACAGCUCCUCGGAUUACUUUUAAACAAUCAAAAUCAAGUCUCGGAGGCACACCGUCCACACCCAAUUCCGAAGGACGCAAGCUUACGAAACUACAAAUACCAAGCCAUCUCACUAUGCCCAAACCUUCGACAGGCUCCCCAUCACCUCAAAACUCCGCGCCUACCACACCUGGAGGCGGAUUCAAACUGAAAAUCAAACUGGGUGGUCAGAAAUAA